UGACGUUUAAAAAGUUCUUGAACAGCUGAUUUAAUCAUUGUAGAGAAUGUCGAGUUUUUUAAUUUUACGUGCGUUGAGAAUUUCGCUAAAUCAAAAUCCUGGACGAAAUUUAUAUAGAUUAAGUUUCGGCAGACAAUUAACUUUAUCGUCCAAACAGUUAAAUACAUUUUCCAAUUUUCCGCAACGACUUCCAACACACAGAACCUUUGUGUCUACAAACGAAAACAAGGAUGGCACAAACGCAACAUUGGUGGAUAGCAACACAUAUGAGCGAGUUUGCUCAGAGACUCUAGACGCAUUGUGUGACUAUUUUGAAGAACUCACAGAGAAUGCUCCAAGUUUAACCUCCUGCGAUGUCACAUAUGGAGAUGGAGUACUCACAGUCAAAUUUGGGAAUGAGUUUGGAACCUACGUGAUAAAUCGCCAGACACCUAAUAAACAGAUUUGGCUUAGUUCUCCGACAAGUGGGCCGAAGCGUUAUGAUUACGUAGCAACUGAAGGGCAGUUAGGACGAUGGAUUUACAAACAUAAUGGGGAAUGUUUACAUGACCUUUUACAGAGGGAGUUGAAAAAAAUACUGAAGGAACAAGAAUUCGACUUUUCUCAACUUCCUUAUGGAAAAUAAAUGUGAAAACAACGAUGUACAAAUGAGAUCUAUUUAUUUAACAGAUUUUGCACAUAUUAGUUAUGCAACACUCAAAAAUGUAGGCUUCAGAAAAUCAUUUGACUCUAUUAAUUAUCUGCUCUAAAAGUUUAUUUUGUAUAUCCAAAGCCCGUUCUUGCAAUAAAAGUGUCUGCCUCAGCAA